CAGGGUCUGUCUUACAUCAUACGUGUGUGAAAUCGUGCGCGUAAAAGCGCUGCGCUCUGCCAUUUACCGCAAAGUGUCCACUGAAUACCAAUAGAGCAGACCAGCAGAAGAUCCUGUAUGUCUGGAUCUGUCAGAAUUCAAAGGCACAAUGGAUAAUAAAACAAUACAAUCUUCUUGCAACGUGACCAAUCCGGAUUACAAACAAAUCAACUGCACGUCUCCAGCGUGGAUGCUCUACCCUAACUUCUACAUCUGGCUACCGGUUAUUUACUCAAUCAUCUGCGCUGUGGGACUCACGGGCAACACCGCUGUUAUUUACGUGAUUUGGAAGGCGCCUAAAAUGAAAACCGUCACCAAUUUAUUCAUCUUGAAUUUGGCCAUCGCAGACGACCUUUUCACGUUGGUGUUGCCCAUCAACAUAGCCGAGCACCUGUUAAACUACUGGCCGUUUGGAGAGAUUUUAUGCAAAGUGAUUCUGUCCAUAGACCACUACAACAUCUUCUCCAGCAUCUUCUUCUUGACUGUGAUGAGUGUGGACCGCUAUCUGGUCGUGGUGUCCACGUUGCGCUCCAAACGGAUGCCCCACCGGACCUACAGGUCAGCCAAAACAGUCAGCCUGAGCGUUUGGGCUCUGGUCAUUCUCAUCGUGAUGCCCUUCACCGUUUUCGCCGGUGUCUAUGUGAGUCCCGACGACGCGGAGAGCAGGAAGAGCUGCGUUUUGAGUUUCCCAAGUCCUGAGAGUUUCUGGUUCAAAGCCAGUCGGAUCUACACGCUGGUCCUCGGUUUUGUCAUUCCAGUUUCAACCAUAUGCAUCCUCUAUAGUGCGAUGCUGUACAAGCUGAGACGCACGCGUCUCAACUCAAAUGGGAAGGCUCUGGACAAAGCCAAGAAACGAGUCACAAUGAUGGUCUUCGUUGUGCUUGCCGUUUGCUUGUUUUGUUGGACACCCUUCCACCUGAGUACGGUGGUCGCCCUCACCUCAGACUUGCCCACCACUCCUCUGGUUAUAGGUAUUUCUUAUUUCAUCACGGGACUGAGUUAUGCCAACUCGUGUCUCAAUCCGUUCCUUUACGCGUUCUUAGACGACAGUUUCAGAAAGGCAUUUAAGAAAAUGUUGGAAUGCUGAACCGUUUUUGUACCCUAACAAAUCAGGCCAAUAAGGUUCGAGUUCCCAUU